UGUCGUUGCUCUUGUUGUUUUCUGGUGUCAACAUUACCCUCUUAUAUAUAUAACCCUUUGCUUCAUUAAUUUUCCCAUUUCUUUUAUCUCUCAAACAAGAGAGAAAAAUAUAGAGAGAUAUAAUCUGGAAAUAUGAGAACAAGAAGAGGCUCUUGUUAUCUAGAACCUGAAACAGUGAUGUGUUCCUUUGGGAAGAGAAAGAAGGACAUGCAUAUUUCCAAGGAAACUAUUUUUUGUGGAAAGAGACCAAAGAAAUGUUUUGAGAAAGCUUCAUCGGAAUAUGAUUUCUUCGAGGCUUUGCCAGAUGAUAUUGUUAUUUCUAUCUUCUGCAGGCUAAGUUCUACAGCCACUUCACCUUCCGAUUUUGUAACCGUUUUAUCAACGUGUAAAAGAUUCAAAAGAUUAGCACUUCAUUCUCUUGUGUUAUCAAAAGCUUCUCCAAGAACUUUCUGCAUCAGAGCGAAAAACUGGUGCGAAUCGGCACAAAGAUUUCUUAAACAGUGUGCUGAGGCAGGGAAUGUUGAAGCCUGUUAUACCUUGGGAAUGAUUCGGUUUUACUGUUUGCAAAACAGAGGGAGCGGUGCUUCGCUUAUGGCGAAAGCUGCGAUGAACUCUCACGCGCGUGCACUUUACUCGCUUGCGGUUAUACAGUUUAACGGGAGCGGCGGUACCAAAAGUGAUAAGGACCUCCGUGCCGGCGUUGCUCUCUGCGCCAGAGCGGCUUUUCUCGGCCAUAUCGACGCGCUCCGUGAGCUUGGACACUGUUUACAAGACGGUUACGGUGUGAAACAGAAUAUCUCCGAGGGGAGGCGGUUUCUUAUUCAGGCUAACGCACGUGAACUCGCCGGCGUCCUGUCCACCGACGCCGCCGCGCGUCAGUUAGUUAACGCCAAUCUUCAAUCUCAACUCCGAAACGUCGCGGUGUCUGGAUGUCCACUUUUGAGCGAUUUUGGAUGUAAUGUUCCGGCGCCGGAGCCGCAUCCGUCGAGUAAGUUUAUGUCGGAGUGGUUUUCCGUUCGCGGCGGAUCGAACGGUUCGGGUUUGAGGCUCUGUUCGCACGCGAGUUGUGGGAGGCCGGAGACGCGGAAGCACGAGUUUCGAAGGUGUUCGGUUUGUGGUGCGGUGAAUUAUUGCUCGCGUGCGUGUCAAGCGCUUGACUGGAAGUUCCGUCAUAAGGCGGAGUGUGCUCCGGUGGAGCGGUGGCUUGAUGAGGAUGGUGAAGACGACGGCGAAGAUGACGGCGACCGUGAGGUGAUGGUUAUGGAGGAUAGUUAGACAAUUUUUCCGAGAGUAUUAUGGUUAUGGUAACUGUAACGGAAGAUAAUUCACAGAGUUGUAACGGCGAAAUGAAUCAAUUUUUUUUGGAGGUGUCUGAGUAUUUGGCCGUAUCAAAAAGUAGACUUUGUAUACGUACAGUACAAUCGUACAUUGGUACGUGUCUUACUUUUUAUUGUAUAGUGGGAAAAUUCUCCUAAAAAAUGAAAAAGGGUGGAUUUUUCUUUUUCUUUUUCUUUUUCUUUCCUAUGAAAAAGUGGCAUUCACAUAAA